UCGUUGCCAAGGGAACGCUGCAACAUCCGGUUAGGUUUGGUUCGUGCCCACUGUUUGCUAAGUCUUUUUUUCUAAAUCAGUCCGUUUUACGUUUGUGGUAAAUAUAGGACAUUAAACUGAUUCUGAAGGACGUUCACGGAAGUUGUCACUUCGUGCAUUUUUCAAAGACGCUGCAGUGUUAACCAGUAGCUUAGAUCAUUUAGACAGGGAACACACAUGGACUCUGAGUAUAUUAAGAAGCAUCUGGGACAGUGUUUGGCAGAAGGACUGGCCGAGGUGGCGGAGAGGAGACCAGCCAAGCCUGUGCUGUUUCUGGCCCGGUGGCUUUACAAAUACAACUCUAAUGUCGUCUACGAAUCUGAGAAAAAGGCCCAUUUGGCUGUGGUGCAGCAGGAGCUGACAAAAGCCAGAGAAGAGGCGCUGAACCAGGAGAAAUUAAAGGAGGAGGAGGAGAUGAAGAUCAUCAAGACCCUGGAAGAAUCUGAAAAAGUGCAUGUAGGGUGCAGUGAUCAGGAACAAACCAUAACAGGUGCCACUGAUAACAUCACAGCAGAGGCAGAAGAGACAGUGACCACAGCACAUCCUGCAGCAGUACAGGGCCCAGAGCAGAUUCCAGUUACUGUCACUGGUGUACAGUUACCAGAGAGAAGCCCAGAAACAGAUGCUCCAUCAUCUGAGAUUAUCAGCAGUUCUACAGAUGUGUCAACUGAAAAAAACCAGCAGGAGUCAAAGAGGGACAACAUAGAAGAAAAAACCGGUCAUGAAGAUGUGAAGACUGAGGAGGAGGUCAGCAGAAAAGAAGAUGAAGAAGGGGAGAAGAAAGACCGGAAUUACACUGAGGCCAUGGUUGAUGAAAAUACAGAAGAUAAACCUGCUGAUCACAUCCAUGAUGAGGAAAGCCUAGUUCUGAAGACUGAAGAUCUCAAACCAGAAGAGACAGUGUCUUCUGAAGAACAAACAACAAAAGCUGAAGAGGUGACACACCAACCAAGUGCUCUGCCUCCAAAAGACCAAGAUCAGGUGGAUGAAGACAAGACAGAGAAACUGGGAGAGUCGACAUCUGCCACAAAUGACAAACCUGCGGAGACGGCAACUCCUGAAGAACAAAGAACAGAAGCUGAACAGGAACUACUGGUCCUUCAAGACCAGGACAAGGUUGACGUACAUCAAACUGCAAAACCUACAGAGUCUAUCCAGGUGGAGUCGACUUCAUCUCCCAGAAAUGAAAAUGUUAAGGAGUCGGCACCUCCUGGCCAAGAAGACACUAGCCAGGAGGACCAAGAAUCAUGUGCUGCUUCCCCUGAGGACCAGGAAAAGGCAUCUGCUCUGAGUAAGACGACAGAUGAAGAUGUGAAAAAUAUAUAGAGAUAUAAAUGUGAAGAAACAAGGUGUAAAGAUCUAGAGAUUAAACAUGUUUAACAUGGUCAAAGUUGGUGAAAGAACAACAUUUUCACCCACCUGGUCACUGAGUGAAUAUUUUCUCCUCAUUACUGUUUAAUUAAGUGCAUCAUUUCAUUAUAUUAAACACUAACACCUUUGUUUUUAUUUUACACAAAGAAAAAGAAGCAAAUCUAAACCACCACAAAUGACAAGUCAA